AUGUCAAAUGGUGGUAUGAUAAAACCUAAACCAGAAAUACUUGUGGACAUAAAGAAACUGGAACGUUUACGUGAAAAUGGGGAAAUAACUCAAAAUAAUGAUGUGAUCUGUAAUUUAAAAGAUUUCAACGAAUACCGUCAACAGCUGCACCGAACAAGGCUAUACUAUGUAUUGCAGGAAAUUAAUCGUCAGGAAAAUGAGCAACACGAUAGAAUGCUAAUCACUAACGCCGAGGCAAUAACUACUCGUGAUCACCACAAUUUAGCUGCUCGACAAAGCAGUUUUACUGAGAUACAGGGACGCAAACGAAAACUUGAGAACAUAAGAACCGCCCGCUUUCAGAAAUUAUGGCAACGUACACAAUAUAGAAUAGAACGCAAGGCGGCUGCCGAUGAAAUGGAAAAGGCCUAUCAUGAGUACCGAAAGUUGCUGAAUCAUAUGAAAAUUCAGCGUCAUUUGGAAGCUUCUGCUGAUUUGCAAAGAAAACACCUCAUCAAAUUAAAGAAAGUACUCCAGUUGAAAAAAGAUCGCUUACACAAAAACUUACGCAAUGUGGAGUACGAACGGCAUCGGAAACAUGAGCAAAUCCAAACAAUUUCUUGGGAAAAACGACUGAAAGAGCGUAUAACAUACCAGGAUAAAAUGAAAGGUCUGCUUGAGACAACAGACACACAGAGAAAACUGUUUAUUGAGGAUCACCGACAGAAAUAUAGUGAGAAAUGGUCACGUAUUCAAGACGAAAUCAAGGAACGUGCAAAACUAAUGAAAAAACAGAGCAAGCUUCAUAAAUACCCCAGGGAAAAACUAAAACACAUUUUACUUCCUAAUCCAAAAACGGAUAAUGGCAUGGCAUUCUGUGAUAGGCCAAAUGAAAGUUUCGACAAACUCUUGGAUCAUCAACUUUGUGAGGCUUUAAAUGUUGCUAUUGAUAUUGAAAAUCAGCUGGUUAUGCCAUUCGAACCAGGUGAUCCGAUUUACAAGGCGGCAAAAUUUAUAAUAACCAAUAUUAUUAAGAUAUUUGACAAAGAUUUGAGUAAGGAUCCUAGAAUAUGUAAACAAGUGAGAGAACGUGUCGAUCAGUUCUUCGAUGAAGCUAAACGUUUUGUGAUAUUUAGAUCAUCUCAAAUUAGUGCACAUAUUCGGGAGCAAGUUGUAAAUAAUUACGGUACGACGAGCCAGCGACCGACUAUUGUAUCGUUUAAUCGGUUGCCAAUGACAAUAGGGCAAUCCAGUUACGCUAUUCACCCAAUGGUUGACGUUAAAACUGUAGGGGCUCGAACACCUACGCCAGUGGGCUCGCUCGCCUCCAUAAAAGUCCACUCGGAGGAGCACAUAUUUAAUAAUAUGCCAAAUUUGUGCCGCAACGAAUUGAUUUUCAUCGAACAUUAUAUCAUCAAAUUCAAACGAGAGCUUAUAAUAGGCGUUGGUAGAAGAGUAUUCUCUGCAAUCGAUUGUCAUUUCUCUAAUAAAAUUAUGGAUGUGCGCCCAUUAUUGCUCAAUUUGAACCGCAAUUUCCUUACCUGUCAGAUGACCAAAGGUAUUCUUAGUUAUGCUGCAAACAAAUUGAACUAUGAAUCAAGCAUAAAGUUAUGUAUCAGCGCUCUGGCUAGCGAUAUUGUUUGGUCACUGCAGAAACAUUUGCUGAAGCCGGAACGCGACCCUCGUGGUAUAGCCCCGCCACAACGUUGUAACGAGAACUCCUCACCACACGUGCGCCCUUGCUGCUAUUUCCACAAGUAAAUCACCGAACUAUACUUUUUUCAAUUCUGUAAUUUCUUCAGCUAAAGCAAUAAAUUCAGCAGCUAAUAACUUUCGUUAUGGACAAUUAAAUAUACGAAUAUGACCUUAUUUUC